ACUACUCCCUCCUACUUAUCCAUGACUUGUUCACUGACGCUAUCAUAUCUGAGUCGGCCACCAUUGCCUAGUGUCUCGACGUGACCUACCCGGAUACCUGACGCCUUUUCCCUCCUAGCACUUGGGUCCUACACGCAGCACUCAUGGCAUUCUUUGACGCCCAUGUCAAGGCUGCAACAGCGUCAUCGUUCAUUCCUGCUGUUUUCACGAUUUUGAACCCAAGGGGCCAAGCGUUCUACAAACAGGACAAGUCAUCUGGGAAGCUGAUGGGAGAGAGGAAUCUUCUUGGCGAGCGUAGCCAGAAACGAUGGACGGUGUUCAAGUGCACGCUUGGAAAGGUGAUUGGAUGGAUGACGGAAGGGGACACCCUUGUUCUGGGAGAAACACCUACGUAUGCCGACGUGACAAUGUUUGCAGGGAUAAUCUCUCUCCGUAUCGUUCUCAGCGAGGAUAGCCCAGAGUGAAGAGAUAUGUCGAGUUGGCAUGGUGGGCGGUGGAACCGGCCGAUCAAGAGUUUCGAGAAGCACGAGACUUGUGUUUGUGCAGAACUGUUGAGCAUAGCGGCGAGGUCCAGUUGACAUGCCUCCAGCGUGCAAUUUCAACCUCCAUUAGGUUCUUCUCCCGGAAUGUGGUGAUAAUGCCCUUCAUUUAAACGGUGUCGACGCCUUGACCUGGGCGCAGCUCCGACCGGAAAUUCACCGAUAUAAGUAUAGGUAUUGCUUCCUUUGAUGAGCACGCAGAACCUCUUCAGAAGCUCCGUAAACGUAAGCUCUUUCUAACCUUAUCCUUGUCCCAAGUCUACCUUUCCCCUUACGCC